GAGACACCGGAGUCCAGCAGCUCAAAUCUCUGCAAGAUCUUCAGCUGAAAAGCAUGCAUCUCCAUCCCCUGUCCCUCUCUUGCUUUCUCCUCCUGGUUGCUGGGGCAGCCGUGGUGUGCGUUACUGUGACAACCACACUUCACGGUUUCCGGGGCUGCGCUGUGAGAGAGUUCUCCUUCGUGGCCCAGAAGCCUGGCUGCAAGGGACUGCGCAUCACCACAGAGGCCUGCUGGGGGUGUUGUCACACCUGGGAGAAACCUGUGCCAGAUCCCCCCUACAUCCACAGACAUCACCGCGUGUGUACGUACAGUCGUACCCGCCACAUGACCGCCCGCCUGCCGGGCUGCCAGCCCAACAUCUCCCCUCUCUACCACUACCCCAUGGCCCUGCACUGCCACUGUGCCGUCUGCUCCACACAGGACACGGAGUGUGAGACCUUCUGAUGGGCAGGACACUGCUUUCAGCAAACAAUAUAAUCAACAGUAUCACUGAUAUGAAUGACUCUGAAUAAAAUGAUGACAUCAAAA